CAGCAAAUUCUGGAAAGAGAAAGACAGAUGCCCUUCUAACUUUCGUCGCCACCUUCAAGCUUCUCGCUCCCCGUCUCUCUCUCUCUCUCUCUGCGAUUUCGGAAUCCGAAGAAUCAAUCCGACUUCAAACUCGUAACAAGUUGGUUGAUGAUUUAGAGGAAACCGACUUGAUAUCUACAGAAAAAAGGAGAGGGGAUAUAGACGAUGGCGUGCAGAGGGUUCUUGGAGUGCCUUUUGAAGCUCUUGAACUUCUUGCUAACGCUUGCGGGUUUGGCAAUGGUGGGAUAUGGGAUCUACUUGUUCGUCGUGUACAUGAAUUCAUCCAGCGACACUGUCUCAGUCUCGCCUGUGGGCACUGGUGGGAAUUUGAUAGAGCUUGGCAGACCGAUGCUCACAACAGUCUCUCUGUCAAGCAGCAUUUUUGAUGAUUUGCCCAAAGCUUGGUUUAUAUACUUAUUUAUUGGUGUCGGAGUCAUCCUCGUCGUCAUAUCUUGUUUUGGUUGUAUUGGAGCUGCUACACGGAAUGGAUGCUGCCUGUCUUGUUACUCAGUGCUGGUGAUCUUAUUGAUCUUGGUAGAGCUUGGUUGUGCUGCUUUCAUAUACUUUGACAGUAGCUGGGAAGAUGAACUUCCUACGGACAAUACUGGGGACUUUGACAUGAUAUAUGAUUUUCUGAAAGAGCACUGGAGUAUUGUCAAAUGGGUCGCUCUUGGGAUAGUUGUAUUGGAGGCAUUGGUCUUCUUGUUAGCUCUUUUGGUUAGGGCUGCAAACAGGCCGGUGGAGUAUGACAGUGACGAUGAGUAUAUUGCUUCAAGACAACAGAUCCGUCAGCCAUUUCUCAACAGGCCACCACCAGCAACUGGUGUACCUGUUGCUGGCACCCUUGAUCAGCGACCAGUCAGAAGCGAUGCCUGGACUGCUCGCAUGAGGGAAAAGUACGGGCUAGACACCUCCGAGUUUACAUACAACCCAUCCGAGUCAGGCAGGUAUCAGCAAGUGCCUCCGCAGACUGCAGAAGAAAGGAGUCGCUGCACUAUCAUGUAGCUGACAUAUCCAUUGGUUCAAACUGAUGGAGGCUGAAGCACAUGGACCAAGGUGCGAUCCGAUAAUGUUGAAUUUGAGGAGACCUUUGUGCCUUUUCCAAUUGAGUCUGUGUAUCUUACAAAUGUUUUUGGGAGGUCACAAGGUUUUACUCACGAUGUUGAGUACAUUACCAAGUUUCGUGUGUAAAAUCAUAUCGCUUCUGUUCUCUCCAGUGUGGAGUUGCGGGUGACCUCAGAGUCGGCCGAGAAUUGUGUUUUCCCAGUUGCAUGAGUGUCUUAUUGAGGUAGUUCUUCAUAGAACUGUGGACUGAAAGUUGCCUAACCAAUUUUGUUAAGGUGGGCUUAUUAUCGAUGGAU